AUGCCCGUUGUGGGCGACCAGAGAUAUAUUACUUCUACCGCGGUUUUCCUGAACGAGGUUAUCAAGCUCGCGAUAUGUCUGACGAUCGCUCUAUACGAAGUAUCUAAAUCCGCUCCUCCUUCUAUGCCUGCGACCUCCUUGUUCGGAUCGUUGGCUGCCGCAAUCUUUACCGGUGACAGUUGGAAGCUUGCUGUUCCCGCGGCGCUCUACACGAUCUCGAAUUCCUUGCAGUACAUCGCUUUGUCGAACGUGGAGGCCGUGCAGUUUCAGGUUACAUACCAGCUCAAGCUCAUUGCCACCGCUGUAUUCGGGGCGAUGGUCAUGCGAAAGUCUCUGCCGUAUGCGAAGUGGAUGAUAUUGUUGCUUCUGGUUGCGGGCGUCGCGUUGGUACAGAUCCCUCCGGUAGACCCGCAUGAACUCGAUCGUCGGACACAUGUAUACCUUCCCAGACGGCUCUCGGAUUUGCAGCAAUUUGGAGUCGCUGCAGGCCCGGUCUUGCGAAAGCGAUCUGCUACCUAUGAAGGUAUCCAGGACGAUAUGAUUCAAGGACAUCCGGUGUUUAAUGCUAGGACGGGUCUCCUCACGACCCUGGGUGCAUGCUUUGCUUCCGGGCUCGCAGGGCUAUCCUUUGAGAAGGUCCUGAGGGAUAGCACUCAGUCUACUUCCGUUUGGAUUCGAAACGUACAGUUAGCCAUAUAUUCGAUUUUCCCGGCUUUGUUUAUUGGCGUUAUAUUUCUUGACGGUGAACGAGUUGCUAAGCGAGGAUUUUUCCACGGAUAUAACUGGACUGUAUGGAGCGUCAUCGCUGGUCAAGCGGUUGGUGGUAUUGCGGCCUCAUUCUGCAUCAGCUAUUCCGAAUUGGGUUUGCUGCAAGCCGCCAGUGCAAUGAGCAUUGUUCUUAGCUCGCUGGCGAGCCCCUUUUUCUUCGACAUUCAAGUUUCUGCCUACUUCAUUCUUGGGACAUUGAUUGUUCUAGUCGCAUGUUUCGUUUACAUACCCAGUCCGCUCAAUGCCAAAUCGGAUCUACGCCCGCGUCUUCCUCCGAUCCGAAUUGAAAAGGCGAAAUCAUCCCCUGACACCGAUGGGUCGGGACAGGAGCUGGCUGUUCCGCCAAACGACUUUUCUAUCAAAUUGCCGACCACACCCCUGAUUUCAGAGGCGUCGGCUCUUACUACUUCACGUCCUGGUUCACCUUCUCCUGCGAGGCACCAUGCUAGAGCCCAUUCUUCUCGUGGUUAUUUCGGAAGACAGCACCAUGAAAACUAA